AUGCCGCCCAAAUGUAUUGUUGUUGGUGGCUUGAACGGCAAACUCCGACCUUUUUUCACUAAGCUUGGCAAACUCCAGCCCAAGCAGAACUUCUCUUUUGCAAUCAUUCUCGGCAAUCUCUUCGGUGAUUGCUUGGCCGAAGAUGAGAUUGCGGAAGUCAAUGCGCUGCUACAAGGUGAGAUAGAGGUUGCGUGUCCAACCUAUUUCAGUCUUGGAAACCGCCCUCUUCCCCCUCAAGUGGUCAAGAAGAUUGAAGCCGAUGACGAAUUAUGCUCAAACCUUUUCUUCUUGGGGAAGCGGGGAACUCUCAAGAAUAUGGAGGGUAUCCGAAUUGCCGCUCUGGGUGGAACUCUAGGAGAGUCGACCGGUGAUUCCAAGCCUGAGAGCAAUGCUAGUGGCAAAUUCCAGCCAACAUACAGUGAGGCUGAUGCGCGUGCAUUGUUCGGUAUCCACAAAACAGAUAUCCUCAUCACCAACCAAUGGCCCAAAGAUGUUCGCCUCGGAUCAAACCAAAAGGUCUCUGGGGAUGAAAGCUCCCUGCCAGCCGAGCUUCAGUGUCUGGCUGAUGUCUCUGCCACCCUCAGACCACGAUACCACUUCUCCAGCUCAGAUGGUGCCUUCUUCGAACGCGAGCCUUUCUUCCACAUGCCGACAGAAGAAGGUGCUGGCUAUCAGACGACACGAUUCAUUUCACUGCCCGAAUUCGGAUCACGGAAGGAUGCGAUGUACGCCUUUAACCUAGACCCUACAACCCCACCUCUGGUCAGUAUUCCGCCUGGCCAUACCAUCUGCCCUUGGUCAGCGGCACAAAGCAGGCGCAAAACUCUCCCAAGUCAGAAAGAAUCGUACCAGCGCUUUGCUCCCUCAGACGUCGACAGAGACCCCGGCUUUAAGAGACGCCACAAGCAACGCGCUCCUCCCCCUGGUCCAGAUCAAUGUUUCUUCUGUCUGGCUAACCCCGACAUCUCCACUCACCUCAUCACAUCCAUCGGUGACCACAGCUACGUCACCACAGCCAAAGGACCCUUGCCAUCAGAAAACUUCUUCCCCUCCCUGGGAUUCCCAGGCCACAUGCUCAUCAUCCCACUCGAGCACUCUCCCACAAUCGAUCUCAUCUUCGAUCCUGAAACUCGCGUCUCCACCUUCACCGAGAUGCAACGCUAUCGUGAAUCCCUGAACCAAAUGCUCAACGAGCAAUCAGGCGGUAAACUUGGCUCUGUGACAUGGGAGGUCAGCCGGUCAAACGGUAUUCACACACACUGGCAAUUCCUUCCAAUGCCAGUAGAAAAGAUCCGCGGACGUCUCGUAGAAGCCGCAUUCCAAAAGGAAGCUUCCAACCUGGACUAUGCGAAAUUCAAGACCAUCCAAGACCACAAGAAAGUCCACGAACACGGCAUGAACGAUUACUUCCGUCUCUUCAUCUGGACUCCACGCGUUGAGGGCGAGCAAAAGAGCGAAGGUGAAGCUCAGGACUUGUGGUCUGCCGCUGGUCACAAGGGCGUUUACCAGACUCAAUCUGGAGAGGAAAAAAUCACCAUGAUGCCCAUUGUGCCUGAGACUCGAUUCGAUUUACAAUUUGGUCGUCGUGUCAUGGGUAAAUUGCUACUGUUGGAUAAACGGUUGGGCUGGAAGGAUUGCACACAGACGGAGGAUGAAGAGACCAAGGAUGCCGAGGCUUUCAAAGAAGCAUUCAAGAAGCAUGACUUCACCGUGGAAAUGGAAGAGUAA